AUGGUCGUGAAAGGAAAGAAGGACGGCAAGCGCAAGGCGGCAGAGGAAAGCGCAGGUGGGGAGGAGGAGGAUGUGUCGUCCAUGCAGGCAGUCAAGAUGGCCAAGUCAAAGCUUUCUGCUUUGGAGAAGAAGAAGAAGGCCAAGAUUCCGGACGACGACGAGGACGAGGACGAGGAUGAGGUGCCGGCACCAAAGCGGGCCAAAGCCAAAGCAAAGGCGAAAGCAAAGGCCGCGGCAGACGACGAUGACGACAGCGACGACGACGAGCCCGCCCCUAAAGCGAAAGCAAAGCCAAAGGCAAAAGCAAAGGCGGCAGCAGACGACGAUGACGACAGCGACGAUGAUGAGCCAGCUCCCAAAGCAAAGGCGAAAGCAAAGGUUAAAGCGAAAGCAAAAGCCGCGGCAGACGACGAUGACGACAGCGACGACGACGAGCCCGCCCCUAAAGCGAAAGCAAAGCCAAAGGCAAAAGCAAAGGCGGCAGCAGACGACGAUGACGAUAGCGACGAUGAUGAGCCAGCUCCCAAAGCAAAGGCGAAAGCAAAGGUUAAAGCGAAAGCAAAGGCCGCGGCAGACGACGAUGACGACAGCGACGACGACGAGCCCGCCCCUAAAGCGAAAGCAAAGCCAAAGGCAAAAGCAAAGGCGGCAGCAGACGACGAUGACGACAGCGACGAUGAUGAGCCAGCUCCCAAAGCAAAGGCGAAAGCAAAGGUUAAAGCGAAAGCAAAAGCCGCGGCAGACGACGAUGACGACAGCGACGACGACGAGCCCGCCCCUAAAGCGAAAGCAAAGCCAAAGGCAAAAGCAAAGGCGGCAGCAGACGACGAUGACGACAGCGACGAUGAUGAGCCAGCUCCCAAAGCAAAGGCGAAAGCAAAGGUUAAGGCCAAAGCAAAAGCGGCGGCAGAUGACGAUGACGACAGCGACGAUGAUGAGCCCGCUCCUAAAGCAAAGGCCAAGGCAAAGGCCAAAGCAAAGGCCGCCGUAGACGACGAUGAGGACAGUGACGAUGACGAGCCGGCUCCGAAAGCAAAGGCCAAAGCUAAAGCCAAAGCAAAGGCCGCCGCAAAGGACGAUGACGAUGAUGAUGACGACGAUGAUGAUGAUGACGAGCCAGCCCCGAAGCCCAAGGCCAAAGCAAAGCCCAAGGCCAAGGCUGCAGCAGAAGAUGACGACGACGACGACGACGAUGACGAUGACGAGCCUGCGCCCAAAGCUAAAGCAAAGGCCAAAGCCAAGGCCGCAGUGGAAGAGGACGACGAUGACGAGGAGGAGGAGGAAGAGGAGGUGCCUCCUCCGAAGGCGAAGAAAGCCAAGACCGAAGGCGAUGGCAAGGAGUCCAACGAAGUGUUCGUCGGCGGCUUGCCGUUCUCGACCAGUGAAGAGCAGGUCAAAAAGGACUUCGAAGAGUGCGGAGAGAUCGUCAAGUUUAGCAUGCCAAAGAAUGACGAGGGCAGGCCCAAAGGCAUCGCCUUCAUCACCUACAAGACGAAAGAAGGUGUGGAAGCAGCGCUCAAGUACAACGGCGACGACUACGGGGGCCGCACCUUGAAGGUGAACCUGGCCUCGGAGGGCGGCAAGGGCAAAGGUAAGGACAAGGGCAAGGACAAAGGCAAGGGCAAAGGAAAGGACAAGGGCAAGGGAAAAGGAGGUGGCCAAAAUGACGAGCUCACGGUUUGCGUCAAGGGUUUAGCAUAUUCCCUGGACCCCGAGACCGUCGAGAAGGACUUUGCCGAGUGUGGUGAAGUGGUCUCGUGCAGAUGUCUCAAGAAUGAGGACGGACAACUCAGGGGCAUCGCCUUCAUCGAGUACAAGGAUGAAGAGGCUGUCAAGAAGGCCCUGGAGUUCCAUGAGACGGACUACAACGGAAGGACGAUCUACGUCAACAAGGCAGGCGAAGGUAAGGGCAAAGGCAAAGACAAGGGAAAGGGCAAAGACAAGGGCAAGGGCAAGGAUGGCAAGGGCAAAGACAAAGGUAAAGGGAAAGGUAAGAAGGGCAAGAUGAGCUCUGCAACCAAGGCGGCCAAGGACGGAACCAUGGUCGAGUCCACAGGCACCAAGCAGACCUUCGACGAUUCGGACGAGGAGGAGGAGAGGCCUGCGAAGAAGGCCAAGGUGGCCAAGAAAGUUGUGGAGGAGGAGGACGACGAUGUGCAAGACCCGGAGCUGAGUGAGAGCCCCCUCCGUCGAAUAGUCUCCAAAGGCUCCUUGAAGAGGAACACGAGCUCCUCUCUCGGCAAUCUCUUCACAUACGUUUAUGCCUGCUUGUUGAGCCUGCAGCACGGCAGCAGUCACUCGCAGUGCGUCGGCUUCGAUUCCACAUCGGCCGACUUGAAGGAACACUUUGGGAGCCUGCAGGCCUUGAGCAAUGUGGGAACCAAAGAAACGGACUUCUCCAUCUCAUGGAACCUGUACCGCUUCAGGCUCGGGCCAGCUCAAGAGGAGCGGCCUAUCUGCAAGAACUCCAAGGCGCAGACGCAGCAUCACUCGGAGGAGUGGCGGAGACGGCCAUCGCACUCCAAGGGGGAGGCCAGCAAGGCCUUUGCGGCAGUGGCGCAAAAUGCCUUGGGCUCUCCGGCACCCGCGCCGCCUUUGCCGCCAUCGCACGUGCGCACGGAGCCGGGAGGUCACCUCUCCCUGGAGCGGGCAGGAGGACUGCUCGACGUCGAACUGCAAGGCAGCCCGUCCGUGCGGCCAGAUCGGGGACCAGCAGCGCUGGCCGGCACGGCCACAGCCGCAGGCAAAGGUCGAGCCGCCGGGCGCCGGACCAGCGAGGGCACAAGCUCCGAGAAGCCCCAGCCAGGCCUGGCCCGCAAGAGUUCGCUACCUGCAGCCAUGCUGUCGCCGGCCAGCGAGGUCAUCCGCAAGUCCUUGCACAGCACCCUACAGAAGUUCGAAGCUGAGAACGAGCCCGAUCUCCCCGAUGUCGCUGCUCCCACGAGGGAAGUUGCGAGGCGGGAGCUAGAAGCCAGGCACCUGUACAGGGAGGCCGAGAACGAGGCGGAGCAGAAGGAGCAGAAGCUGGGAGCCGAGAGGGACGGCCCAGAGUUUGCAAGGGACCCGGCUGGCGACGGUGGGUCCUCCACCGCGAAAGCCGCGAAAUCCGCGAAAACGGUCGCGGCGUGCACGUUUACCACUGGCUCCACGAAUGCGGACGUGGAGAUGGAUGCCAAUGGUGGAACAGCAGAGCAAGAUCUCCUCGAUCUGCUGCCGCCUGGGCCUGGAUCUUUGACAGGUGAGAGCAAUCAGGAGUACAAGAGCGAGCUCAAACGCGAGCAACGAGGCUCUGGGCCGGAUGCAUCUGAUGCGACCGUUGACACGUCCGACGGCAUCCAGGGCCUGCACCGGGUCGACUCUCCCGAGAGCCAACAGAGCCCCAGGAGCCAACCGAGCCAGCGGAGCCCAAGGGCGCCCUGGGAAAAGAUACCUUCCAGGAGGAUGCUCUCAGGAGAAGGAGGAGAAGGAGCUGGAGACGAGAGCACUGCGCAGAGCACUUCUCGAGCUCCCGAGGCGGCUGUCCAAGACCCAGCGGCGCAGAGGGCGAUGCACACAGAGCCACACGGCGCAGAGCCGCACGGCGCGGAGCCGCACGGCGCCGAGCGCAGAAAGGGAAAGGGCGGGACGCUUGCAACAGGCGAGAGCGACGGAGCGGGCGCUCCGGGCGCUCCGGGCGCUCCGGGCGCUUCCCGCAACUCGGAGGGCUCCAGGGUCUCAAGGCAAGGCCUCGAGCGACUGGAGAGGCCGCCCUCGCGCGAGGGUAUGGCAGGCUUGGACUUGGACCCUUUAGAGCCCCCAGAGCCUGAGCCACUGGAGCCUUUGGAGCCUCUGGAGCCUCCAGAGGCUCCCCAGCAUCCGGAGCGUCCGAGCCCGGGCCGCUCAAAGCGCUCGGAUGGUUCCAAAGAGGCUCCGAAGAGGAGGCCCUCGAGGAAGGACACGGAAGCCGAGGAGCUGCGCAGUCGACAGGCAUCGGCAGCCGCCGCAGGUAAGGCCGGCAGGCGCCGGAGCUCAAGGAAGAGCAGCAAGGGAGCAGCGAUGGCCCGUGGUGCAGAGGGGGACAAGAAAGUCGAGGAGUCACUUCCGAUGGGGCGCGAUGCCAGAACAAAGGAGCCCGGGCGGGACUCGCCAGGCUCCAAGGACUCGGACUCCGAGCCGGAGUCCGCCGUCACCGACAAUGACCUCUCAGAGUUCCUGCAGGAGCUUUUUUCACAGUACAGCACCUCGCGCGACAAGAAGGGCCGGCCUCUGAUGUCGAAUGCUGGUCUGCGACGCUUCUUGCAGGAUUUCACCUUCGGCCCGCCCCCCAGCCGCCCCUCGGCGGCUGCGCAGGCGCACCUGGCCGCACAGGCCGACGUCCGCUACGACGAAGAGAUCGAGCGCCAGAACAACAUGCCGACAGUGUUUGAUCUCACCAAGAGCGAUGCCAACCGCGGCCUUUGCUUCAAGUCCUUCGACAUCGUGGUCAACCAGGCGCGCCUUCUGUCACUUCUUCAUGGCGCUCCCUCAUGGCGCUCCCCCGAUUUUUUUAAUAAACGCCUUCCGACCGCUCUUUUUCCAGACUUUUUCACCUUGCCCCCGCAUGGUUUCCCACAUUUUGAUCACUCACAGACACACACAAUCAGUCGGCUCUCAGGGCACAGCAGGCACCGCUGCGCAAGCCAUGAGGGCUGCCAAUGCUUGCUUGGGUGUUGA